AUGGAUAAUAGAAGCUUAAGGCAAUUGACUGCACCUGAUGUUAAGUAUCAGUCUUUUUGCAUUCGUUAUCUUGAUACUGGUUUUAAACUUAAGUCUGGUCUUAUCCAUUUGCUUCCCAAGUUUCAUGGUCUUGCAGGUGAAGAUCCAUAUAAGUAUUUGAAAGAGUUUCAUGUAGUCUGCAACACAAUGAAACCGCAAGGAGUUGAUGAGGAGCAGGUCAAACUGAGAGCCUUUCCUUUUUCCCUUGAUGGAGGAACUAAGGAUUGGCUGUACUACCUUCAGCCUUCAUCUAUCGAAACUUGGAAUGACAUGGCCAGAUUGUUUUUGGAGAAGUUUUUUCCGUCCUCAAGAGCCACUUCAAUCAGAAAGGAGAUAAGUGGCAUAAAACAAGCAAAUGAGGAAAACUUGCAUGAGUACUGGGAGCGGUUUAAAAGACUUUGUGCAAGUUGUCCACAUCACCAGAUUCCGGAGCAAUUGCUGAUUGUCUACUUCUAUGAGGGAUUGCUACAUAUGGAUAGGAACCUGAUUGAUGCUGCCAGUGGAGGAGUUCUUGUUAACAAAACACCCAAUGAAGCUAAGGCGUUGAUCUCAAACAUGGCUGCAAAUGCUCAACAGUUUGGAACGAGAGCCAAUAGCAGUGUUGUGUACCAGGUGCAAGAAACUCCGACCCAGCCUUCAGCAGUGGCAUCAAGUGCUGACAAUCAGCAAAUUGAAAAUAGACUUGAUGAAUUGGCAACCAUGGUGAGACAGUUGGCAGUUACCCAGACAGUCCAGACUUCUGUUCCACAGUUCGGCAAUCCAUGUGGCAUAUGCAGUGAUCAUUUUCACUCCACUGAUGCUUGCCCUUCUCUACAAGAGGGCUCCAUUCCUGCAGACCAGUCAGUAGCUGCAGCCUUUCCUGGGAAACCACAGUUCCAGCAGCAGCAGAGUAAUCCAUUCUCCAACACUUACAAUCCUGGCUGGAAGAAUCAUCCCAACCUCAAAUGGAACCAGAAUCAGCAAAAUGUUCCAUAUCAGCAGAGUCAACAAAUUUUCCAUACCAACAGAAGCAGCAGUUCAUUCCACAGCAGAGACAAAACUUCCAGCAACCUGCUCCUCAACAGUUACAACAACAACCACUAG